AUGAAGAGAAAGUCAGUGUGUGUGCCCACUAUAGGAUCAUGGUCAGGAUGGCAGCAUGGGCCGAACUGGGCAGCGUUUGCCAGUGUGCCAGGGACAGAGGGCAAGCCUAUUGAGAAGCAGUGUGAUGGACACAAUGGGUGCGACAGACUUGCUGCAUCAACAGGCUUUUUGCUGCUGUGGCCAGAAAUAAACCAUAAAUACCCCCCUGGCCUCCAUCAACCGCUCGCCAGGCCUCCACACCCACACACCCUCACACUGAGACAGAAAGGAAAGAAAGAGAAAAAGAAAAAGGAAAGACGGAGAGUGUGGCUUGUACGUGGUGCAGUGAAGCACAAGCCAUCCAGAGGGAAAAUGACAGAACAGCAGGGAACCCCAGACCAGCUACCUGUCGAGAAGGGCCAAGGAGGGGCUGGAGCCACAUAUAAGCUGGCAGUUUUUGAGUUUGAGAACUUCCGUGGAAAGAAGGUGGAGUUGUCUGCUGAAUGUAAAGAUGUGUUGGAGAAAACACAGAGAGUUGGCUCAAUCAUUGUUGAGUCAGGACCAUGGGUGGGGUUCGAGCGUCCAGGUUUUGCAGGAGAGCAGUUUGUUCUGGAGAAAGGAGAGUAUCCUCGCUGGAGCACCUGGACCAACUGCAUGAGUAGCUACAACCUAAGCUCCUUCAGGCCCCUGAAAGUGGACAGUGCAGAUCACAAGCUUCACCUGUUUGAGAAUGCAGGCUUUGAAGGCAGAAAGAUGGAGAUUGUUGAUGAUGAUGUUCCCAGUCUGUGGGCUCAUGGUUUCCAGGACCGUGUGGCCAGCGCUAAGGCCAUCAAUGGAACGUGGGUGGGAUACAUGUAUCCAGGCUACAGAGGGCGCCAGUAUGUGUUUGAGCAUGGAGACUUCAAGCACUGGAACGAUUGGGGAGCCACUGCACCUCAGAUCCAGUCCGUCCGACGUGUGCGGGACAUGCAGUGGCACAAGAAGGGGUGCUACAUUGCCCCUGCCCCUGCUCCUGAUCCUACACCUAUUCCAGAUCCCAACCCCACUCCCAAUCCUACCCCUGACCCUCACCCUGCUCCCAACCCCAAAUCCCAAACCCAGCCCCAACCUUAA